GAUCAGGUCGAAGACUGCCAGUGACAACCAGCCAUAUAGAUCCAGCAAUUUAGUCUUACCAAUACCAAUCGAAUUCUUUCAUAAUGAGCGACCCUGAAUCUUCACUAGCUUCAAUUAACGAGAGUCUUUCAUUCCAGUAUGAUAAGAAGUCAUUGCUAGGAAAAGGAGCUAGUAGCACUGUUCACAAAGGUACUUUUAAAGAGGAAGCUGUUGCAGUGAAAAGAAUGAAAGAGGAAUUAUCUGAUGAGUAUAAAGAUCUCCUAAAAAAUAUUAAACAUGAAAAUAUUGUACUGGUUCUUUGUAUUGAAAGUUAUCAGGGUUCUGACUAUAUUGUUCUGGAGCUUUGUUUGGCUUCUUUCUAUCAAUAUUUCAAGGAAUUUGAAAAAGUAACGAAUAAAUUUGAUGGAUUGACUGUUGUUAAAAAAGACGUGAAUCAAGAUGCAGUGAGAGGAUUGGAGUAUUUACAUGAACAAAGCAUCGUCCAUAGAGAUAUCAAACCAGGAAACAUUCUUUUGGUACAAAAGAGCUCUUCAUCUGAAGUUAAAGCAGUUCUUGCUGAUUUUGGUUUAUCUACAAAAUUAGAUGAUGAUCAAUUUUCAAAAACUACAGUGGACGGUAGAGGAACUAAAGCAUAUAUUCCUCCUGAACUGCUAGUGGAAGAUGGAAGUAAACUUAAAUUCAGUCCACAGUCAGAUAUUUUUUCAAUGGGGUGUGUCAUAUAUUUUGCUGAAACUGAUGGACACCAUCCUUUUGAUACUGGAGAUAGUCGUGGUGCCGCUAUUCAUCAAAAUGUCAAAGAUUACAAUCCAUGUGACUUUCGUCUACUUGAUGGCAAACCAAUAGCUAGUGCUUUAAUUAACAAAAUGAUACAGCAUAACAGAGCUUCAAGACCAAGUGCUAGUGAAGUAUUACAAGAUCCUUACUUUAAAGAAGAUGAUCCACAAGAUACUGUACAUGUACCACCACAGGUGACCGAAGGAGAGGAAGCACCUCAGGUUGAUACACCACAAGAUACCAGUGAGGUACAAGAUGAGGCCAGUAUUCUACCACCAGAGCAGAGUGUAUCAGCAGAUGGAGAAGGUCAUGUUAGUAUUCCAUCACCAGAGCAAAGUGUGACAGAUACGUCAUAUGGUGAACAGUUGUAUGCUGUUAUGUCAGAUAUGUCACAUUCUCUUCCUGGAUACAUAGUUGAUCAGUAUAUCAGAUUACUUGCAAUCAUUAAUGUGAAAUGUGACAUGAAACCUGAUUGGUUGCUAUCAAAAAAGUUUUUAGAGUUAUACUCCACCCACGUAUCAAAUACGUCUCCACAAGUUGCUGCAAGUUACGUGUACAAGAUACUGACUGGCCUGGGGUAUGAAGAAAUGGAUGACUUCAGUGCAUACCUGCAUACUGAGGUUGAAAUCGACACAAAAAUAAAUGAGGAAUUGGAGAAGAUUACUGAAUUCAGGCCAGCUGUUAUUAAAGUCAUACGUGGUGAACUGGGUCCUCGUUUAGGUGACUAUCAAAUUGAUCGUUAUCGUAUGGUUCUCACUGUACUAUGUAUUACUACAUUUGAUUCUAACAAGUCCUUUUUUGAACUUUUCACUGAUUUGACAGGAAAUCUUGGGAAAUACCCUCUUGCUGUUUCCUUGACCAUUGGAGUCCUGGAAAGAUCUGGUUGGGGAGAUACGAAGAAAUUGAAGCCAUUUUUGUUACCAAACUUUGAUCUUAACACGUCUUAUCCUAAAAUAGAUCUCUGCCUAACAGUUGCUGAUUACUAUGGUAACAUGAGUCAGAGGGACUUCAGCAGUGCUAAGGUGUACACCUCUUCACUUCACCUCAACAGCCACAAUGUGUCUAAUAUGAGUAGAGUCCAGUUUACCCUGUUACUGAUGGAGCGUAGUGUUAUUGAAGCUGGUAAUGUCUCUAAAAUUGAAGAUAAAGUACGAUAUCCUAUCUUCUUUAAGGAGUAUGAAAAGAGAUGCAAAGGACCAACCAAGGUGACUGCUCCAGCAACUAAUGAGACAGUAGUGCCAAGUCUGCCAAUCCAAGAGAUGAAGGCUCAAGCCACUUCAAGCCAAAGUCCAUCAACUCCAACUGAUCAACCAAACAUCUUUACUCGAGUCAAAAAUUUUUUUUUGCCUAGUUCAAAGCAGCAAGCACAAGAAGUUCCUGGUACUACCACACAAGCCAAAGAACCAACUCCUGAGAGUAGCAAUACAGCACCAGCUCCUACUGUUACUAGUGCAGCAAAAGAAGGCACACUUCCUGCUCCAGCCCCACCUAUUGCUGCUACAGUUCCUGCUUCAACCCCACCUACUGCUCCUAUAGUUUCUCCUCCGAUAUCACCUACCGCUACAGUUCCUGCUCCAGUCCCACUUCCUGAAUUAUUUCCAGAAAAGGGUGAAAAAGAGUAUGAGACAAAGCUACCUGAAGAACAUGUUAAAGGCAUCAUUAAAGAUUUUCGUGUUCUGCUAAUGACUGCCACUGAAGUAGAGCUAAGAGGAGUGCUGGGCUACUUGAAGCCGUUAGAUGGUCGGGAUAGAAUCAUCAAAUCAUUCAUUAAUGGUACUUGGAUUUACGUUGGAAUGUAUGGGGGGUACUCAGUUGUGGUUGGAAAGAGUGCAGAUAGUAAAGGUCAACAAGGUGGAUUAGAUGCUUUGAUAAUCACAAAUAAGAUUAUGGAGAUAUACAAACCAAGGUAUAUAAUUGCAGUUGGAAUCUGCUUUGGAAUGGAUCAUAGCAAAGUAAACCUUGGUGAUGUCAUUGUUUCCAACUUCAUUGUGGACUUUUUCAACUUUCGUAAGCAACCAGAGAGUAUCACAGCUCGUAAACCUCAACCUCCAGCAGGAAGGACUCUUUUACGUUUUUUUGGAGAGACUUCUAAAUUUGAAAUAAAACAUUCUGAUCAAGAAAAUCCCAAAGAGGUCGAAGUUCAUUGUGGUCCCAUUGCUUCUACUCCUGCUUUGGUUGAUGAUCCAAAAUUUAAAGAAGAAUUAAGAGAAGUACGUCCUGAUACUCUCGGUGGUGAAAUGGAAGGUGCUGCCAUACUUCAUGCUGCUAGUGAGGCUCAUCAUAAAGUAGAAGCUAUUGUCAUUAAAGCUGUUGGUGAUUUGGCUGAUGGGAAGAAAGAUGAGUGUAGAGGUUGGAAGGAUUUUGCAUCUCAUGCAGCUGCUACAUUUGUUCAUGAUAAACUGAAUAUUGCUGCUCCAGAUGCUCUGAAGUAAUUAUAGUGA